UAUGACUCGCCAUUAAUAAAGCAACAAAACUUAAAGUGUCAUUAAUAACAUGUCAGAGAAUCGCGUAUUGAGGCAACAAAAACACUAAUAUUCACAUAAAAUAUGUUAACUAUCUAAGGCAGCGUCGCUCAAUGUAACCAGGACCAAAAUGUCGAUUUCGCUUAUGUCUCAUUGCGAAAAAUAACACUCGCCAUCAAUAAAGCAACAAAAGUUGACGUGAUGUUCAUAACAAUAAAUGAAAUUAUAUUGACAUUUAACCGUUCGGAAGUAAUUUUGCUUAACUCGUCGUCUGGAAAUGAGGAUCAAGGAAAAAUCAGCCGUUAAGUAAUGUGUUUUAAUGGAAAUUUUAGUAAGGAAACAAUGAAAAUGUUAUAGAAGGCUGUGGAGAUAUAGCAAUGAAGAAACCACCGAGGAGUAAGUGGUAUGCAAGGUUUCACGAUGGAAAGCGGAGUGCAAAUAACGAAAUAUUAAGCGGCCGAGCAUAGUGGGCUACGUGAAAUGACGUUUGUUAACCAUGAACCAUUGCCAAACGAUUUGUGAAAUAACGGAGAGUGGACAGUGCCGGAACCGGAAUUUUGGCAAUCUUCCCGGGCGUUCAUUGCUACAAAUGUCACGAGCGCGUUUCACUCCUUCUAUUGGACAGGCUGGUCGAGGUGCCCCUACCUGGUUCCAACGAAUAUCGGCAAUGAGAAACAGACGCACGCAAGGUUUGAAUGCUACCCAACAGAGUACGGGAAAUGGUGUCAGCACACCAACAACCGCUCCCACGCUCGUUCCAUCAAUCCCACGACUACCACGGCGGCUACUGGGGCGGUGGAACAGGCGACGAUUUCAGAAUACCACAACCAACCCGGACGCCACAACAACAACAACGAUAAGCAGCCUCAGAGCUGCCCGCCAGCGGCAGGUUGCUGAACGGAAGCUACAGCGGCGCAUGUUUCGACGUCAACGACUUCAGGCGAGGGAAAAGAGGCUGCAGGAAAAUAUAAAAGCUAAGACCGAAAAUUCAUCGCCAUCGCCACCAUCAUCGCCAUUACAGAAUAUGCUGACAACAGAUGUAGCUGCUGGUGAACUGAAAAACUCGACCAACUCAUCAGACUCUUCAUCGAAAUCACAGCUGUCAUCGUGGGAACAGCAGAAGCGUAAAAUGAUUGGAAAUUUCAGGAAAAAACAAGUUGAACUCGAUGCGAGAAUUGCAGCAGCUAAAAGGGCUAUAGAAAUUGUAAAAUUAAGGGAAAUUCGAAAAGACCUAGCCCAAAACCAAACUGUUAGUUUAAUUGACAGUAUCAAUGCAAAUAUAAAUUCACAAAUAAACUUAACAAAUUCGGACGGGAGUAUGUCAAAUGCAUCUUUACCUCAAUUUAAUAAUGUGAAUAAUUUGACUGAAGCAUCAUCCACAUCUCCAAAUACAGUGCCUCUAAUUACCACACAUACGAUGAUUGAAACAACGUCAACCCCACUUGUCAACCAUUCCAAUGCAAGGUUAGGCUUAGAAAGUGCAUUGCACCAAACACAUUCAAUUGCUAAUAUCGGUGACCCCCUGGUGCCUGGCAUGGAAUUAGGUCCAGGAGAAGGCAUACCACUUGGUAUACCAGUGAGCUUUGUUCCAGUUGAUAUUAACACAUUCCUGUCAGAUGUUGUUGCAAAACCUGGUGCAACUGAUACCAAAGACCUAUUGUCAAGCGAUCAGAGAAAUAGUUUGCAAACAGAAGAUAAGACACUCGCUCAAUUCUGGCCUCCAAGGUUAGCUAUCACAAGUAAUGUCAAUAAGGGACAGCCCCUCUUAGGGAUUGAAAAUGAGACCCCAAUCGCUGGACAUAGAAGUGGUAUUCCCCUCGGGUCAUCUAGAAGAGUUGGAAUUAAAGACAUCAACCAUUUCGGGGAACCUCUCGGUUUAUCAAAAUCAGAUUCCCCUCCUCCCAUACAACGUACAGAAUUUAUAAAUUCUAUACUUGGCGGAUUAAGACAGCAUAUUCUGUUUCAUCGAAAUCACCAUGAGCAUGGGUCUAGUGAACCUCUAAAUAUUGACCUUCUCGGUGAACAACUAAAGCCAUUGAUUGGUCAUUCUGGUGAACCACUAGAGCCAACAAUAGGUAAUCCCGGUGACCAACUUCAGCCAUCAUUUGGCCAUUCCGGUGAACCAAUGCCACCAUUGAUUGGUCACUCUGGUGCACCACUACCGCCAUUAUUUGGCCAUUCCGGUGAACCAAUGCCACCAUCGAUCGGUCAUCCUGGUGAACCACUUCAGCCAUUAAUUGGUGAUUCCGGUGAACCAUUUCAGCCAUCAAUAGGUCAUCCUGGUGAACCACUUCCGCCAUUGAUUGGCAAUCCCGGCGAACCAUUACAUCCAUCUAUUGGCCAUCCCGGUGAACCAGUAGGGCCAUUAAUUGGUCAUCCCGGUGAACCACUAGGGCCAUUAAUUGGCAAUCCCGAUAAACCACUAUCACCGUCAAUAGACCAUCUCGGUGAACAACUACCACCAUUAGUGGGUAAUAUUCCUGCAAGAGAAACAUUCGGAAACCAACCUGUCACAGACACGUUAGAGCCGUCGAGUAGUAGCUUAAACGAGGGUGUUCCCUUACAGUCAUCAUUGGGCCAACCCCUUGGCGAAUCGAAUCAAGGAGAACCAAUCGGUUUAGGUCCCAUCGGUGGCACACAAGGAUCGGAACCUGAAAAUGAAUGGGCGGAUAUUUCAUUUGGUGCCAGUCAACCUGUCACUCAAUUCCAGGAUGUAGAUUUAAGUACUUCCUUUGCCUCUGAUGAACCGACUAGUUCGUCUUCUCUGGGUCAAGGUCAAGGUGGAAUACAAACACUUAACGGUGGGUUCAUACCAAGAAUAGAACGUCCACCGGAAUCAACGAGUUCUGUUUCUGGUGCGGAGAUAAGGACGCAAACCUCUCAGUUGUCUCAAAUAUUCUCUGGUAUAUCCUCAAAUUUAAGACGGCCAUGAAAUACUAGCCUGUUGUGCUUACUUUUGAAUUGUUAUAUUUAUAUUUAUUUAUGAUCGUUUGAUCAAUUAUUUGAUAGAUAGAUAUCCUGUAAUACUUACUUAUUACCAGAUUUAUAAACAUUCGUUUUGUUUCAUUAUG